GGCUCAGAUAUCCAAUGCGAGAGGAGGUGGAGGCGGAGGAGGACACGGUGGAGGCGGUCAUGCUGGAGGUUUCGGAGGUGGAGGUCGAGGAGGCGGAUUUGGAGGAGGGAGAGGUGGUUUCGGUAGAGGCGGAUUUGGAGGACGUGGUCCAGGAUUCGGUCGUGGCGGUUUCGGAGGCUUUAGAGGAGGUGGCUUCAGAGGCUAUGGAGGAUAUGGCGGAUAUGCCCGAUAUGGCGGCUAUGCUGGAUACGCGGGAGUUCUUCCGGUGCCUCUGCCCGUACCAUAUCCCGCAACCUAUAACCGCUGCUACUACGAUAACUACUAUUAUAAUUACUACUACUGCUGAUAUGAUACGGUUAUAGAUGGUUUAUUUAUACAAAUUACAAUCAACACGUUGCUUUAGUUACAAAGAUUAUGUAAAGUUACCCAGAAAUUCGGGCUGUAGACAGUUCUCUAAAUAUUCCAUAUCUCAUUUAA